AUUACAUAGCAGAGGAGCAAGUCAUAUGACAAAAUUAAUAAUAUGAAAAAGGCAAAGCCUUAGUCCAAAUAAUUGUACUCGAGAGUUGAAUAUCGUUAUAUUAUUUUGACUUGUCGAUAUCCGCCUCCGAGUACAAACCAGAAAAGGACUGUUCUCAUUUUCACCGAUGAACUGUAUGUCAAGUAAAAGUUCAAAAAAGAAAAAUACUUUGAAAGCAAGAAAUGAAAAUAUGGAAACAUUGACGCUGGAAAAUGAACCUCAGAUUGAUCAGAAUUCCUCAAAUGUACAUGAGGCUGAUUUAUUGACGAGUGAAACAGAUGUUACAGGAGGUAUUAAUGUUGAACCUGAAGGGAAGGAGAGUAUUGAUUUACAGGAAAAAGAAACUGAACACCUGGAAAAUGUUAAUGAGUCAGCCAGAGAUAUUGAUGUAAUUGGUGAAGGAUCAGAAAAAUCAAACAAGGAUGAGAAUGUUUCUGAAGUGAGUAGUGUUAAAACAGAAAGCAAUAAUUAUGACCUUGAAAAUCAAGAAAACUCUGAGAUGGAUCUGGAAAAACUAGGAUUUGUGGAAGUUAAAAAAUCAGAUCUGAAAGGUAGUGAUACAGCUUCUUAUAAAGCUGAUAGAAACAAUGUAAAGUUUGAAAUGGAAAUGGAUGAGGAGAAUUACGAAGUGUUUAGUGAGUUUGUAGACAAGGAUUCUGUAGGUAAUGAGAUGAAAGUUGAUCACAGUGUUGAUGAAGAUGUGGAGAUCAGUGAAGAUCUGCUUGUGCAAUAUUUGAAGAAAAACCAGAAGAAACAUUUUAAAAUGGCAUUAAGGAAUGGAUUGUGGGAUGUAAAACAUAAAAUAAGACAUGCUUUAUGGUUUAAUUUGUGUCAUCACCUUCACAAGGCAGAUGACCAUGAUAUCUUUAGUGAAUUUGCACAGGAUCUGUUCUCUUCAGGAGACCCUUCAGAUUUGAGAAUACCAUCAUUUGUGGACAUGGAGCACUUGAACUACUACCAUCUGAGGCAGGAGGGUAUUCAGAGUGCAAAACAGAUUCUGUGUGUAUUAGAACAUUCGUGCCCUGAUAUUAUACACAGUCCGUUACUGUUCUCGAUACUGUGUUUGUUCUUACACUACAUGGAUACGUCCCAGUGUUAUAAUUGUCUAUAUUCUCUGCUAAGACACAAGGACAGCGGGUUCCUGCCAACAACCAAAGUAUCCUAUGAAGCUUCGAAACUAGUCAUCAGAGAUCUUGCCAAAAAAUAUGCUAAAUCAGGCUAUGUACUGAUGGUACGGAACUGUGGCAACGUGGACCAGGUUUUUGAUACGUGGAUAUGGUGGAUAUUUGAAGAUCUUCCUUUCUCCUACUUGGUUCGUGUAAUGGAUUGUUACCUCAACGAAGGAGUGAAAAUAUUUUUCCGUGUAGCCCUUGCAAUACUCAUACUCUUUGCUAAAACAAAUACCAAAAAAUCACCAAAGAAAGAUUCCAGUACCAGCAAUAUUUUGUUGGCCCUUCGACAGUUUUGUCACGAAAUGCCAGUGAAGGUUGAUAAACUUUUGAAAACUGGUUUCAGUAUUAGAGGUCUUACCAGGAAGGAGAUACGGAAGUUACAAGUUAAACAUGAAAUGUAUAUCACUAGUACCAAACAUAUCAACAACUUCAACGAGAGUCAAGCAGGCCGCCUAUCAAUGUCAAGGUCAUUCAGUGGACCAAUCGUCUUACAGAACCUUGGGACCGACACACUUACUGUGGAUAUGAAUGAGUGUUUAAAGAUGAGUUCCUGCAUGAGUUGGAUAAAGAAACUGAGACAUAAGGAGACUGUGGAAUGUGAGUUAGAGAGAAAAAUAAGUCUCCAUCUUAAAGACAUUGUGCUCAGAAACUCCAAUUUUAAAGCUGGAUUUAAGGACUGCAAGUUGUAUGCAAUAUUGAAGUGGAUACCGACCCGCUACGCGAUCUGUCAACCGGAACUGUUAUACACGUCAGAAGAACACGGUACCAGUCUAGUCACCUUGUACCAGAGGGUCGAGAACCAUCAGCCAACCAUUAUAGUUAUCAAAACUACACAAGAUGAGGUAUUUGGAGCAUUUUGUUCUACCUGUUGGAGAGAUAGGCGACAGAAGAGCCAGUUACUGUCAUACUUCGGUACAGGCGAAACGUUCCUGUUUACACUGUGGCCGGAGAAGAAGAAAUACGAGUGGGUGGGGCUGACACAGGAAAACAUUCCAAACACAGCAAGCAUGUUCCAGGCGGGAGAUAGGACCAUUCUCACUGUAGGAGGAGGACAUGGUGAAGCAAUAUCAUUGGAUGAGAACCUUCUUCACUGCCGGUCCGAGAAAUGUGAUACAUUCAACAAUGAACCAUUGAGCAAGAGUGAAGAUUUCCAGUGUAAAGUUGUCGAAGUGUAUGGUUUUGUAUAAUGAUUUAGGUUACUACACUGUCUUGUUGGGAUAAAACAAAACUUAAGAUCUUCCAGUAGUUACACAAACUCUCAUUACUGAAUCACCAGAGGCAAGGGAAAUAAUUCCUGAAUCACCAGAGCCAAGGGAAAUAAUUCCUGAAUCACUAUAGUCAAGGGACAUAAUUUCUGCAUAAAUGAUUUGCCAACAUCAAGGGAAAUAAUUCCUGCAUGUGUUGAAUCACCAGAGUCAAGGGCCAUUAUUCCUGCAUCACUGAAUAACCGGAGCAAAGGGAAAUAAUUUCUGCAUAAAUGAAUUGCUAGAGUCAAGGGAAAUAAUUUCUGCAUGAAGUUGCUUUGGGUUAGUGAUGAAAUUGUAACACUUUCUGUUGUAAUAUGAAGACUACACUUUCAAACAGUGGUAGAAACUUACAGAGAACCAGACUAUAAGGUUAUAUAAUUGAGGCUGGAUAGUUGGGAACCAGUCUCCAAAUGCAGCUUUGCCAUUGGUCUGUUUCAAAAGUCUGCCCUGAAACAGCCAAUCAGAUGCUAGAGAUUUGAGUGCAGCUGUUAUACCCUUUAACACAGGAAUAAAGUUAAAAUUUCAAAUUUAACCAUGUUAACCAGUGAAAUACAUGUAGUAUUAUGUAUACCUCACUUAUAAUAUGAGCCGCGCCAAGGGAAAACCAACAUAGUGGCUUUGCGACCAGCAUAGCUGUUCGCUUUUAAAGCCUAUUGGAAUUGGAGAAACUAUUAGCGAACAGCAUGGAUCCUGACCAGACUGCGCGGAUGCGCAGGCUGGUCUGGAUCCAUGCUGGUCGCAUACCCACUAUGUUGGUUUUCCCAUGGCACGGCUCAUAUAAUGUUGUAAAACUUACUCCUGUGAUAAGUUUUCAAAUGUAGCACAAACUUACUGUUGUGAAGCAACAAACACUGUUGUAAUGUUACUGAAAUAUUUGACUGCCUAUUGUGCGUUUUAUUCGACCUGGCAGGGCGGAGUUAAUCUCGGACUUAUGCAAAUAAUGGUAAUCUAAAAAAAAACACAAGCAAAAUAGGUAGAGCAAUAUAAUUGUUUAGUUCUGUAAUCUUUUGGUAACCAAUAACUAAAAUUCAAGGCUACAUUGGUUACAAUGUGAGGUAAAUGGUUGUUGAAAAAAUAAGAAAUCAGGUUGUCAGAUAUACUACUUAUCCUGCACAAUAAUGCAGUGGACCAUCGCAAAACCCCUCACUGCCAGGCCGAUUAAAACACACAAUACAAACAAUUCAUGUUGUUUAUUUUCUAUUGUGAUACCAUCUCCAUAAGUUAAUAGUUCUUGCAUAAGAUCAAAUAUAUUUGAGGUCUUCAUUGUAAGGUGGUCAUUCUGGUUUUGCGGAAAGUUUGGACUGUGUGCACACUUCCGAAGUCAUGCUAUGUACAUUUGAGAAAUUUGCGAAGCUUUGUAUGUUUCAAUGUAAAACUCAGUAUGCUCCCUGCAUUGGUCUCCUAUACAGUUGUCAGGGGAAUUAGUUGUAAGCGAAGAAGUGAAUAAUUUGUAAGCAAAGGAGAAAUAGUGUACAUAUUUUACCUAAAACUAGGUCUGGCUCUUCUUGAGCUUGCAUAAUAUUUAGAAAUAGUAUACUUCUGCAUAGUAGAAAAGUCCAAGACACCUUUCUUCUUUGCUCAGUACGGAGAGUGCAGAUCUAUGAAUCAUGUGGUCGUGACUUCAUUUCUCGGGCAAAGCAUAAUGUUCUCCAUGGUGAUUUCAUAAAAGAUAGUGUGUCUGAAGUCUGUCAUUUCCUCCUCUACCUUUGAUUCAUGUGGAUAAGUUGGUAGUUACUUGUGGGGAACAGGUUUGAACAAAUAAACAAAUAAGAAAAGUUUGCACACUUUUCUGAUGAGGAAAAUUAAUACCCGUUUUAGUUCUGUCUGAUUUUUUUUAUAGUCUUUAUCGUCUCUUUAUGGUGAUUUAAAAGUAGAAAGUCAUCUUCAUUAUGUGAAAGAAUAAGUUUUAUACUGUUGGUGCAUUUUUAAAAAAAAAAGCCGUUUUAUUGAAGGGAGGCUAUCAAGUUUGUAAUUAUUUUCAACGGUUGAUAACAGUUAAGUCCCUUCAUAUUUCAGGUAUCUUUUUUCGAAUCUCAGUGUCCUUUGGUUUCAAGUGAUUUCUUGUUUUUCAGUUGGGUCUUUUUUGUAGUUUCAUGGCUUGUUCACUUUGAACAUAUCUCACCAACCCUUCCUGACUGUUUUUCAGAAAAGGUGAUAAUUAUUUUUAUGAAUUUUUGAUCUCGUAUUAUUAUUUCUCACAAGUACCAAUAUUGUGUGUGUAAACAGUGUGAAUGAAGAAUAACUAUAAUUGAUGUGUGAAUUAAGUGUAACACUAUUCUGUAAUAAUGUUAUGAUUUUGAAAUUUCUUUUACACAGAAUAGUAGAUCAAAAUAUGGUAGCACUCUUUUUUUUCAUCACCUAUAUGGAGCCAAAAAAGUAUUUCAACAUGAUGUCAAUGUUGUUAUGUUUAAAUGAAAAUAAAACAUAACUUUUCAUAUUAUGAUUUUCACAUUAUAAAUUAUAAUUAUGAAUAUUAUAUAUUUCACAUUAUAAAUGUUAAUACUAAAAGUUUAUUUGUAUUCAGAUUUUGUUAAAUAAUUUAUUCAUUUUCAUCUGAAAAACUGUCUGUCCAAUAUUUACGUCUAUGAUGUGACUCAAUUUUUUUUUUAAUCAUUUAAGUAUUAAAAUUAUUUUCUGUUCAGUAUCUAGUCACAGUUAUGUAAAACAAUGUUCACUCAAUGUCUCAAGAGGAUGUUCAGAAUACUUGAUUUAUCCAGGUUUCCGAGCAAUCCAGACAUACAAAAUACAGUUGAGACCCGAUAUUUCAAACAUUCUGGCUGUCUUGAAGAUUUUUUCAAGUCCUGACCCAAAAACACGUUGCCCAAAAUAUCAUUUUACGCCAAAUUUUGGUUAUCUCAGAGUAAAAUGCUCAAUCCUUUUGAAUUUAAGAUACUUAGAGUAAACUAUAUGAUAAAAAUCGGCGAUCAACCACAUGAAUGGCUCAUGUCCGUCCUGGUGACCGAGCAAGUCCGCCCUAGUGCCCAAGCAAGUCUGCCCUGGUGCUUGAGCAAGUUCCCCCUGGUGCCUGAGCAAAUCCGCCCAGGUGCCCAAGCAGGUCUACCCUGGUGCCCAAGCAAGUCCGCCCUGGUGCCCGGGCAAGUCCACCCUGGUGCCUAAGCAAGUCAGCCCUGGUGCCCAAUCGAGAGGUGUCUCACUGUAGCAUUAUUGUUGUGAGGAGAUCUUUAUAAAUCAAAAUUUUCAGAAAGAAAUUAUUAUAUUUGUUUUGCUUUAAGUUGACAAACUGUUCUCUAGAUUUUGUUAUUUCAUGUAGUUUUGGAAUGAAUUUACCAUGCCAAAUUAUAAUAAUUGUUUCAUUGUUGUUUAAGUGUUAUCAGUAAAAUGUGUUUUGAAAGAAAAAAUGAGAAAAUGAUCUAGCCGUGAAAACAGUUUGUAGAUCUUUGCUCUUUUGUACAGUUUCAAACUUUCAUAAUAAUGUGCGUUUUGUCUGCCUCAAGUUUGAUCAGUUUAGACUAUACUUUUUAAAAAUUCUGAAUAUGAACUAGCAAAGUAUUGCGACAUAUGUUGUAAAAGUAUGUUACAUAUUGAUUGACGUUUGCUUAGACAUUAGAUAAGGCAAUACCAAAUUUGAUCUAUGUGCAGCUUCCUAUGGCUGGAAAGUUUUCAACUGUCUGAUAAAAAAAAAUCUGAAAAUGCCCGGAUGCCAGUGUUGCCAUAUAAUCACAGUGGCCAUUUUUAUUCAGUAUAGAAUUUUUAUAUAUAAGUAUUAAGUUCUUUCAGCUUAAUAAAUACUUACAUGUUACAUUUGUUUUAAAUAUGAGCCGUGCCAUGGGAAAACCAACAUAGUGGCUAUGCGACCAGCAUGGAUCCAGACCAGCCUGCGCAUCCGCGCAGUCUGGUCAGGAUCCAUGCUGUUCGCUUUCAAAGCCUGUUGCAAUGAGUGAAACCGUUAGUGAACAGCAUGGAUCCUGACCAGACUGCGCGGAUGUGCAGGCUGGUCUGGAUCCAUGCUGGUCGCAAACCCACUAUGUUGGUUUUCUCAUGGUGCGGCUCAUAUAUAUAUAUUGCUAAAAUUCUGAUAUUUCAUGGAUGUAAAGGCUUUUAGAAAGUAUAUUUAGGUUAUUUUUUCCAGUGCAUGUUAGGUAGCUUUACAAAAUGAUUGGGGAGCUAAACAUAGAUCUAAUUGGGUGUGGCUUAUUGGUAAUAAAAUAUGCAAAAUGCAAAUUAAUUACAUGUAAUAGGCCAGUUGUUGUUUAUAGGUGUUCAUAAAAGCUUGUAAAGUUGUUGUUGAAAUAUUUAAUAAAUGUGCCGCACCAUGAGAAAACCAACAUAGUGUGUUUGCGAUCCAGCUUGGAUCCAGACCAGAUUGCGCAGAUGGUUGGGAUCCAUGCUCUUCGCUUUCAAAGCCUAUUGCAAUUAGAAAAAGCUGUAAGUAAACAGUAUGGAUCCUGACCAGACUAUGCAGAUGCGCAGGCUGGUCUAGAUCCAUGCUUGUCGCAAAUGCACUACGUUGGUUUUCUCAUGGUGCGGCACUAUUGUCCUAUAUAAGGAAUAUAAAAAGCUGUCAAAUGAGAAUAUAGCAUUUUGUCAUAAUAGUGGGGUAAAUUAUAAGGGUGAAAUUAUUAAACCAAGAAUUGUUAGGGCACAAUUUUAUUUUCUGUUUAUGAUUACAUCAUUUGUAAUAUGUUUAGUCAGUUAUAGUCAUUUCUGUGCAAUGCUUUAUGUUACUUUAUUAAGUUAUGUGUUAAAUAUUUCGAGACUUAAGUUUGCAGUAUGUAUCAAUAAAAUUGAGCCGUGCCAUGAGAAAACCAACAUAGUGGCUUUGCGACCAGCAUGGAUCCAGACCAGCCUGCGCAUCCGCGCAGUCUGGUCAGGAUCCAUGCUGUUGCUUUUAAAGCCUAUUGGAAUUGGAGAAACUGUUAGCGAACAGCAUGGAUCCUGACCAGACUGCGCAGAUGCGCAGGCUGGUCUGGAUCCAUGCUGGUCGCAAAGCCACCUUGUUGGUUUUCUCAUGGCGCGGCUCAAAUGUGUUAUUGUUAUUGGAUGUUACUUAAGGUGGUUACAUCACACCUAAAGUCUUCAGAAGUUUGCAUAGGUUUAUAUAUUUUGUUGAUUUAAUAAAAAAUGAUACACACUUAGGAAUAUUUUAGUGGCUGAGAUUUCAUAAAGCUUUGAAUGCAACCAUAAACACCUGAUUGUAUAAAGAAAAUGUUGAAAUAUGAUAAGUAUUAAAUUAUUCGGAAUAAAUGGUACUAUUUGCCUCACUUCCAUUUAAUCUGUAUGUACAGUAUUGUAUAAUAUUAUGAUUUCUAUAUUGCCUAAAAAGAUAUGUGCUAUAAAAGAAAUAGCUAGAUUUAGUAGAGGAAGAGUUAUUACCCUUGGCAUUGUCGAAUCUUCAGUGCCGUUUUGUGUCAUGUUAGUCAAUCAAAAAAUUAACAUAAAAUAUUAUGCCAUAUUCAAGAAGCUAUUUAUUUACAUUAGUAUUUAUGUUACAUAGAAAUCUAUUCAUAUGUUAAGUUGAUAUUUUACUCUGGUUUUUUUUUUUUUUGUUGUUGAAAGUUUGUAGUUUUUAAAGGGGGCCUUCCUCGAGAUUUCUGUCUGAUUUACAUUUCUUUACUUUGCUCGUAAUUGUAAAUUACAUGUAAGAAGAAAGCUUUUACUUUGACAUAAAACAGAAAGUAAAUGUUGAUUAAUCAAUGAUAUGAGCCGUGCCAUGAGAAAACCCAACAUAGUGGGUUUGCGACCAGCAUGGAUCCAGACCAGCCUGCGCAUCUGCGCAGUCUGGUCAGGCUCCAUGCUGUUCGCUUUUAAAGCCUACUGGAAUUGAAGAAACUGUUAGCGAACAGCAUGGAUCCUUACCAGACUGCGCGGAUGCACGGCUCAUAUAAUCUGUAAAAUAUGAAGGCGUUUAUAAGUCACUUGGUACUAAAGUCCUGUAGAAUUAUAGUUUUAAUUGUGAAUUCAUUAAUUUUCAUUGGGGACUAAUUUUGUAUUUUUUUUUAUUGUAUCCAUCCACAAGUCAAAUCCCAACAAAUAGAAAAAAGUCCCAUUCCUUUUAUAUUAAAGAAUUCACAAAAUUGUAUCCCCACAAACCUUUUUACAAACUCCAACGCAGUGAUUUCCCUUGCCGCUUCGCUCAUUGAUCACUGCCACCACAACAUUCACGUGACCAUGGUUCAUCACGUGAUGAUCGGUUUAAAAAUUAACUUAUAUUUUCAUAUGAUAUACCAAACUUUUGACAAUAACAUAUCUUGUCCAGCAGAAAAAUAUUCAAAAGCCUCCAUCUGUUUCGGCUUGGGUCAAAUGACAGCAUUAUAAUAGUGAACGGCGUCAAAGAUCAACGUCGACAUACUCGUUUAUUUACUUUCAGUUUCGUUUCAGGAUACUUACCGGUUGUGUAAAUAAAUACCUAUUUUCAUUCAGAAUCAUUAUUUUUUUCAUUAUGGAACAUUCGCCUGUGCUAAAAGAAGUGUAAACUUCGAAAACAUUGGGGAAAAAACAACUAAUUAAUCAUAUAACUGAAAGAAGUCCACUUAGCUGAAUUUUAGCUAAAAACAUUGUGUUGGCAGUGAUCAAUGAGCGAAGCGUCAAGGGAGAUAACUCUGUUGGAGUUUGACCUUUUUAGCCCAAAGCAUGAAAUUUCAUGCCAACGAAAAACAGUUAUUUCACAGAAUAGUGUAGUACUUCACAGGCUGAGUUAAAUAACACUUGAUUUAUGUUUCUUGGUAUUUUAUAGAAACCCCCAUUUAUUUAAGACACUUCAUUAGCAUAAUCUUUUUACCUGCAGGCAUGCCCCUUUAAGUGCUGGUGUUGCCUGUUAUCGGACACUGAACAAAUACUUGUAACGAUGUUGUUAAUGUACAUGUAUAUAAUCAAGGUGGAUACUUGUUACUCUGUUUAGCAUCUCAGCUUGGUUUUCAUUUUGUUAAGACUCAAUAUUAUUAUGGUAUUUAUAAAUAAAUAAAUUUUGUGCAAAAAUA